AUGGUGGAAACUGCUCCGAAGAAACUGGAGCUCGCCAGGUCUUCCCUCGCGGAAACAGAGCAAGAGGGAGACAAUGAGAACAAUUCGAUUGUGGAAGAACUGGAAACGCACAAAGCCACAGUGGUUUUUGGCACUAUAUGCUGCCUUCUCUUAUUGCCAUUAAUCGGUGGUAUCACAUAUUUACUUCUUUAUAUGCCAAGGUCGAAUGGACUUCCUUCUACUUCAGGAGCUGGAGCUCUAGAAGGAAUCUCAACAGACAACUCGAACGAAAUUGUAUUCCAGCCAAGCAUCAUGAUUGACAUUCCGGAUGCCAACGACGAAGUAGGCAAUGGUUUCUCUCUACUUGAUUCGCGUGCUAGCCUCUCUAACUUUAACUGGGGAGCAAAUACCUUCUUGACAAAAGAUCAAAGAUUAUAUCAAGACAACCGAAUCCACAGAAAGCCUGGCGACAAGGCAUUCUAUCUCCAACAACAGGCUGACGGAAAUCUUGUUCUCUACGAUCAAAACAACCAUGUUUUCUGGAGCAGUGGUAUAGUUCACCUUCCCUCCAACAAGAGGUACUGGUCAGUCUUGCAAGACGAUGGCAAUUUGGUGACCUAUUCAAAAAUCAAUAACGAUAGCCCAAAGGUAGAAUGGGCCAGCAAUAAGCCAUCUGGAAUUGACAAUUACAAUCUUGUAUUGACACCAAGCCGCGAUGGACUGAUGAUUGCUCGACGUAAUAAUGGCCAAAUCAUUUGGUCGUCAAGAUCAGGUGGUGGUGGCGCACCAUCUGGAGGUGGCGGAGGAGAUGUGCCUGCAGCUGCAUCAGGACCCGCACCUUCAACAAAUCCAGCCGAUCCAUUGCCUCCAAUCACACCAUGGCCACAAACCGUUUCUCGAUUUCCAGCCUAUUCCCUUCAGUCAGGGCCACUCAUAGGACACACCGCACAAGAUUACGUCAAGAUUUGGGUUUACCUCGGCAGAAAUGUGCCAAUGCAGUUGGUCUAUUGGCCUUACUCAAGCAACGGCGAAAUGCAAUCCGUCAAUACUGUCAAUCUUCAUCCAGAUUCGAACGCGAAUGGGGCUGCCUUUCGCAACAUUGGAGGCUUGAGACCAAAUACCACCUACUUGUACGAGGUUCGAAUCAACAACCAGUGGCUUGCUCAGGGGCACUUCAAGACAGCGCCAAGGCAAAACCAAGCAACUUCCUUCAAAUACUUGUUGGCAUCCUGCAUGGAUGUCAAGUCGAAUCGUGAUGGAUACACCUCACAACCAGUAUGGAAUGCAGCUCUGAAAAGAAACAUUGACUUUGCAAUGCUACCUGGAGACACGGUCUAUUUGAAUAAUGAGGAUCUUAGGUCCAAUGGGGAAGUCAAAUAUGACCGAAUCUGGUACCGGACCUUGCAACAGCGAGCCGAACCUCAUUUUGCCCAUCUCAUCAAGACGGUUCCGACUUACGGAUCAUGGGACAACAACGAUUACGGAAGUGCAACAGGCAACAGUGAUCAACGAGGCAAAGGGAACUCGCUUGCCGCUUGGAGACAUCUCUGGCCGAAUCCAUACCAAGGGUCAUCCAAGGGUGCUGGAAACUAUUACUCCUACAGCUGGGGAGAUGUGGAUUUCUUUGUCAUGGAUUGCCGAUGGUAUCGAAAUGGUGCCACUGGUACUCUGUUUGGUAACGCCCAACUUGCAUGGCUUUUUGAAAAGCUGAUUGCCUCAUCUGCCAAAUUCAAAGUCAUUGUCGCUGCAAGUGGUGUGUUGGAAGUCGGUAUGCUGCGUGAUAUCCACAGCAUUGGGCGGGUUAUCUCCCAACAUAGGAUUUCCGGAGUCUUGUUCAACUCUGGUGACAUUCACCGAAACCAGUUUCGUUCAACAGGUGUCCAUCUCUGGCCCUACCCACUCGUCCAAAUCACAUCUUCUGGGAUCGCCAAAGUCUGGAGACGACCAUUCGCCUUGAUUACCAUAAACACUCAUUUACAAAAUCCAGAAAUUCUUGCCGAGUUUUAUGCCGCAGACUCUUCUGCAAGGUCUACAACUUGGUCCAAUAAUCCAAAUUUGCAGUGCCGAUCGGUCAGCAUUCACAAUCAAGCGCAGGCAAAAUGUACACAACGCAUUCGGUUGAGUGACUUGACCCCAAGGUGA